CGUCACAUUUAUAAAUAUUGAUAGUAAAACACUCUUGCUUAGUAAUGAUACAACAAACUGUAGCCCGAAUUACGACAGAAGCGUUACAGAGUUUUAUAAAAGCUUAUAAGCAUUAAUAAUAAGCCAGACUGGAGUACGUGAUGUUUACGAUAAGUAAUAGUGUACUGAGAAGUACGAUGGUAUGAAUGUAUGUUGGUAUUAUGAUCGUGACAUUGGUAAUUAUUACUAUGGCCAGGGCCAUCCCAUGAAACCACAUCGAAUAAGGAUGACACACAAUUUGUUACUCAACUAUGGUCUGUACAGGAAAAUGGAGAUUUAUCGCCCACAUAAAGCCACAGCAGAUGAGAUGACAAAAUUCCAUAGUGAUGACUAUGUCCGGUUCUUAAGAAGCAUCAGACCUGAUAAUAUGUCAGAGUACAAUAAGCAGAUGCAGAGGUUUAAUGUGGGAGAAGACUGUCCAGUGUUUGAUGGAUUGUAUGAGUUCUGCCAGCUGUCAUCAGGUGGCUCAGUAGCAGCUGCUGUAAAGCUGAAUAAGCAAGCUUCUGAAAUCUGCAUCAACUGGGGUGGUGGCCUCCACCACGCCAAAAAAUCAGAGGCAUCUGGCUUUUGCUAUGUUAAUGACAUUGUCCUUGGUAUUUUGGAGUUGCUCAAGUAUCAUCAGAGAGUUUUGUACAUUGACAUCGAUGUCCACCAUGGGGAUGGUGUUGAGGAAGCAUUCUACACCACAGACAGGGUGAUGACAGUGUCCUUCCACAAGUAUGGCGAGUACUUUCCUGGCACUGGUGACCUCAGAGAUAUCGGAGCAGGAAAGGGAAAGUACUAUGCAGUGAACAUUCCUUUACGAGAUGGAAUGGAUGAUGAGAGCUAUGAGUCUAUCUUUGUUCCCAUAAUCUCAAAGGUGAUGGAGACUUUUCAGCCUAGUGCUGUUGUGCUGCAGUGUGGAGCAGAUUCUCUAACUGGUGACAGACUUGGUUGCUUCAAUCUCACUGUAAGAGGUCAUGGGAAAUGUGUGGAGUUUGUAAAGAAGUAUGGACUCCCAUUCUUGAUGGUUGGAGGAGGAGGUUACACUAUACGGAAUGUAUCUCGUUGUUGGACGUAUGAAACAUCAGUUGCUCUGGGGACAGAGAUUGCAAAUGAACUUCCAUACAAUGACUACUUUGAGUACUUUGGCCCUGACUUUAAGCUGCAUAUUAGUCCUUCUAAUAUGGCAAACCAAAACACUCCAGAAUACCUGGAGAAAAUCAAGACAAGGCUGUUUGAAAAUCUUCGAAUGCUGCCUCAUGCACCAGGAGUACAAGUGCAAGCAAUCCCUGAAGAUGCAGUUAAUGAUUCUGAAGAUGACGAAGAUAAAGGAAACCCAGAUGAACGGUUAACACAAGCUGCACUGGACAAGCGGAUAGCCCCUGACAACGAGUACAGUGACUCUGAAGAUGAGGGGGAGGGAGGACGUCGUGAUCAGAGGUCAUUCAAGAGCAGAAAACGUCCCCGAUUGGACAAACUGGACACAAAACAAGAUAAGCAGGAUGGUGAUGAGAAAAUGAAAAUUGAGGAUGCCACUAAAAUGGACACGAAAGGAGAAAGUGAGAAAGACGACAAGACUGGCAUCACAGAAGACGUGAAGAAGGAUUCUGGGCUGAAUGCAUGAUAACAGGACUAUCACCAUCUAGAUUUUGUAAAUGUAUAGGGUGGUACACAUUUUUAUUAUUCACACUUUUUUUAAAGCAGUCCCUCCAAAUGUGCGACUUACAGGACAGUUUCUACCGCAGUGCUCAGUGCAGGAGGAAAACUUGUGACACUUAUGAUUUGGUAAGGAAUAUUCUUACAGGAACAAAUUAAAAACAAGAAUGGUAAGGUGAAUAGUUCUUAUACGAGAUAUUAUUUCACAUUAAAAAUGUAAUUGUAUCACAUGAAAAUAAAGGACGAUAGGAGCAAAACACUUUGAAGGAACAGUGCUGUAGAAAGAUAUCUUAAGAAGAAGGACAUUCCAUUUUCUUCAUUUUUAAUCCUCUUGUUUUCACAGUGUGUGCUUAUUAUCCUCUAUUUUUAUGUGUUUUAUGCUAUGCUGAAAUGUAAGUAAACUUAUUCAAAAUUUCUGUAAAUUUACUCAAAUAUUUUGUAAAAGGUACUUUAAAUUAUGACCAAUUAAUUUGUUUGCCUUGUAAUUAAUGAUAAUUUCUUUUAAGACAAUGAAACAUGUAAAGUCAUAAAUUCCAAUCAUUUUCCUGUGCGUAUACAUAGAAGAACGCAUCAUAAGUGGCCGAGAUUUAGGGUUUUCAUGGCCAUAUUGUCUUCUGUGUCGGGACAUUGUAUAAUCUUGUAGGUGGUUUCACACGUUUUUAAGGUUCCUCUGAAAUGAUAGUAACUAACCACAAGGUGAUAGAACCAAGACCACAGUCUGAAUAAGUGAGUGUUUAUAGGAUAUUCUCUUUUGUGCUUGAACUUGUGGGCAGAUAUAAAAUAAACACUGCCUCUAGGUUUUCAAUUGCAAUGUCAAAGGUGAAAAUAAAUGUCUUGUACUUGUCUGAUUUAUCCCAUGAAAUUGUGUAGAAAAUUAAUGGAUGGUUUGAGGUCUUGUUAACCCAAAAGGAUUUUAGAAGGCUAAUGCAUAAUCCUAUGUUUUUUUUCGUGCUAACCGGAGUAAAUGUAAUAUUGCCAAAGAAGCAGGGACACCAACCUGUCUACUUAACAGCAUAGUAAUGAUAAAAUAGUUUUUUUACAUUCAUUCGCCGAGUUGAGCUCUGCGUACAGGAGACUGUCUGACUAACACUAGGUGUUUGUGGACUGCAGACAAACAACAUUCUUGAAACUACCCUUCCCUAAGUGUCUUCUUCCACACUAGUUUAUUUUAUGCAUUAUAUCAUAACCAAGGUGAAUGGUUACGUGGCAGGAAAUGGGACUGGCAACUCUAUGAUUCCAUUUAUUAGCCAGACACUGACAUCAGUACUCUCAUGUAGAUGAACACCAGCCUUUGUCUGAUUAUCACGGACGCUAUAAUGCAAAUGAUAAAUAUAAAGAGGUACUAGAAACAUUUCUUCCUGUAUUAUAUACUAUGACCAGAAUAUAAACUAACAUAGUUCAAACUGUUCCCAAAGGGUGAAAAUGUGAAGAGAUAAUAUUAGGAAAGUAAAUACAAUCAGACUGCAGAGCUUGGAUUGAGUCUACUUCACCGCAGCAAGGGAGAUCCAGUUGAAUGAAAUAAAAUAUUCUGUCAUUGUAGAUAAGAGGUUGAUGUAACAGUACAGUUGAAAUAAAAAUUAAUUUACUUUUCAUAAUGUUGGAAAAAGAGUCCUAAGACGCAA